AUGGAGGUAACACUCAUCCUGGAGAGAGUAGAAACCUGCAGUCUCUCAAUUCAUCUAGAUCUCUGCCAGUCCACCACCAUGUACCUGUACCUCCUCAUCCUCCUCCAACUCCUUUCCUCUACUGGAGCCUCUGAGAGUGGUAUUGUGGGUGGUAAAAUAGCUAAACCCCACUCUAGGCCCUAUAUGGUCUCUCUGCAACACAGAGGACACCAUGUUUGUGGAGGAAUGCUCAUCUGGGAGGACGUUGUCCUGACUUCAGCGCACUGCUUAAGGAAUGCUUAUCCUUUAAUGGUGUUGCUUGGAGCCCAUGACUUAAAGAAGUGGAAGAAGAGUUUUCAAAAGAUUCAGGUGUCACAUUAUCAUCGGCAUCCCUUACAUGAGAAUAUAACGCAGAUCAGUUAUGACAUCAUGCUACUGAAGUUAAAGACCACAGCUCGUCUAACCGAGUAUGUGACGGUCAUUGGACUCCCAAAGGAGGAUGAACAUAUCCCAGCAUCCCCCAAAUGCUCUGUUGCUGGUUGGGGCAAGACUAACUCAAACAACAAACAGGGUUCAGACGUUUUGAUGGAAGUGGCAGUGACGUUGGAGGAUAACUCUGAAUGCAAGAGCGUGUGGCAGAAUUACUUUGACAUAAAACAAAUGAUGUGCACUAGUACUACCGGAGGGAAAGGAUUUUGUCAGGGAGAUUCAGGGGGACCUCUUAUUUGUAACAACAAAGCACAGGGUAUCGUUGCUUUUAAUUAUGCUGAGAGAUGUGAUGAUUCCAGAUAUCCUCAUGUGUACAUGAAAAUCCCUUUCUUUAUGCCCUGGAUUAAAGAGGUGUUGCAUGGAUAUGGUGCCAACAUGUCUUUAAACAAGCAGGAAUAAAGGACCAGGAAGUACAUUGAUGCUAGUGUAUUAACAUAAUGGUAUCUAUUCCUGCAUAGAUACACUGCUCAUCAUGCCCUGGAUAGAGGACAAGUUUCUUAUUUUUAUCAUUUUGUUUCCAUUUAAAACACAUGUGUAACUGAUUUUAACUGAUUAUAACAGAUUUUCUUAUUUAGAUACUGUUUUUAUGUAUAUUUUUUGCAAUUAGUAAUUUGAAAAUAAAUUAAAAGGUAAAGCUAAACCUUUACUCUGUCAUUGUUGCUAUUUUUGGAUAUUCAUUCGACCAACAAACUACCUGUUGAUAAGCAACUGCUUGCUAAGUUUAGGGUUAUGUUUAGAAUAAGGGCUAUGGUUUAAAGUUUAGCGUAAGGGACUAAGGGUUAGGAUAAAGGGUUAUGGCUUGGGUUAGGGUUAUGUUUAGAAUAAGGGUUAUGGUUUAAAGUUUAGCGUAAGGGACUAAGGGUUAGGAUAAAGGGUUAGGGCUUGGGUUAGGCUUAUGUUUAGAGUAAGGGCUAUGGUUUAAAGUUUAGCGAAAGGGACUAAGGGUUAGGAUAAAGGGUUAGGGCUUGGGUUAGGGUUAGUAGAUAGUUAGUUGGAAUGUUACUGACCAACCCAAUCUUGAUAUUUAAAGAAUGCGAGCCCCACACCAUGUUAAAAAAAACGAUGUAAUCAAUUUACUUUUUAUGACAAUGACAAUUGCUAUGACAAUCUAUUACAAAUAAGUCUGACAGUAUUUUUGACAGGAUUUCAAUCUGAAGACAGUAUGGUUUGAUGUGACUGGUAAAGGUAUUGGGAAGUUCAGAAGAUCAUCAUGGCAAUAAUGUUGUACGAUCUUCUGGGUAGUGAUGGGGUCAAAUUGGGGUCAUGAUAGGGGCUGCACCAAAUGUUUGAUGUAUUA